GGAAGCCUGGAAGCGGAGAGCAUCGGGAAGAGAAAGAGGCUGGGUGCUCGGCAGUUGCCCCGGGAACUGCCAGGGGGCGCGCGAGGACGGGCGUUAAGAACUGCGGGGGCUUAAGCGCUCGCUGGAGGUGGCCGCGGAGGUUAAGAGCAGCCGCGAGAGAAAGAGAAGCGAUGGCUCAUGACAACCCGGUGCCUAAAUUCUACAAAUCGGUUAUCGACGAUGUGAUUGAAGGUGUCCGGGAUGUCUUUGCGGAAGAAGGUGUAGAUGAACAGGUCCUGAUAGAGCUGAAGCGGCGCUGGGAGACUAAAGUGAUGCAGUCUAAAGCGACAGAAGGCUUCUUCCGCCACAGUCACCUUCCACCCCAAUUCACACUGCACCUGCCUCCCAACUUCCACCAAGCUCUGCAGACAUCAACAGGUGUUGCUGCUAGCAGAGGAAUUAGACAUUUUACUGCAACAGCAUCAUCAUCAGCAACUGCAGAAUUGAGUUCUUCCAGGGCUGGUGGUGCAAUCCUUACCUUGCCUUCUGGCCUUGCCUGCCCUAUCCAAGUACCUGCUGGAGUGACCCUGCAGACAGCAUCUGGGCACCUGUAUAAAGUCAACAUGCCUGUUGUGGUCACCCAGGCCCCGGGAGGUGCAACUGUCCUCCAGAAUCCAGUUCAGCAAAUAUUCCAGCAGCUUGGGCGGCAGCCCUUGGCACCUCCAUCUGCCACUCCCGGUGCCGUGCAGGCAAACGCUUCUCUUCAAGCACCCAGCAGUGAAAGCCUGCAGGCCCCAAAGCCCACCUUACCUCAGCAAAUAGGAAUGGAGGGGAAGGCCUUGCCUGGUGCUGCUGUUGUGCAGGAAGCUAUUGGGAGCCAGGGGAAAGCUGCAGUGGGAGCUCUGGUACGGCAGCAGCCAUCUAACUCCCUGGAGACUCCCCGGAACGCUGACGUGCAAGCAGCUCUUCCAGACUUGAAGUUGUCUGAAGCAUGCUGCCCCACAGUGGCCACAGAAGCAAUGGCAAGCAGCUCUUCCAGUGGGGCAGAAUUGCCUGCGAGUCUCGAGCAGUCACUGGAUCCCGACGAUAUAAUUGAGCUGAUAAUCAUGGGCAACGAGUUGGAUGACAGUGUCCUCCUGUCUGAUGAAACCAGCCUCUCUUUUGCUGAAGAACUAGAUACCAGUGUGCACAUGGAACCUGAUCUGCACACCCAGAAGGAUAUUGCCAAUGACCUUGAAGAGAUCAUUCAGCUGGAUGGAACAGGUGAUGUUUCUCCUAAGGCAGAAAUAGAAAGCUCAAGGGAUGGGGAUGACGAGGAACUUGUUGGCAUCAUUGAUGCCGAAGAUCUGAAAGUCUUGGAUGAGGAUGAAGAAGAAGGAGGUGAAAAUAGUACCUCAGACAGUGGAUCUCUUAGCAGCGCUAGUGAUACUGAUGAACCCUCGGUUGACAUAAUUGAGGAGGACCCUUUGAACUCUGGUGAUGAUGUCAGUGAGCAGGAAACACCAGAUGUGUUUGACACUGAUAAUAUAAUUGUAUGCCAAUAUGAUAAGGUUCAACGAAGUAAGAACAGAUGGAAGUUCUACUUGAAAGAUGGCGUGAUGUGCUUUGCAGGGAAAGACUACGUUUUUUCCAAAGCCAUUGGAGAUGCAGAGUGGUGAAACUUAAACAAAAUCUCCACAGUUUUGUUUUUUUUACAAGACACUAUGUGUUGCAAUGUUCAGGAAGAAUAUAAUGGAGUUCUUGUGCUCUGAAACUUGAAAUAUAACAAUGUGAAACGACACUUCAUAUGAACAAGCAUGUAAAAAUAAAUAAAUCCAAAAACA